AUGAAGAUGGCGUUUUGUUUAACGUUCGGGUGUUUUAAUUUUAAUUUAAUUUAUUUGGAAUUUAAAGGGUAAAAUAACCAAAAAUAUCUAAAGCGUGUGAACAAUUUUCAACUGCGCUCCAGGAUAGUCACAGCAAUCUAGCUAGCUAACAUUACAGCACCCUCUCGGUCUACACGUCUUUACUCAUGUUCAGCAACCGAACUGCAAUCGCGCUGGGAGAAUGUAAAGUGGCGCAAAUGUGGCGGUGGAGACUUAAAGCAACUUUUUGUUCGCAGGGGGGAUGUCUGACCAGACGCUGGAGUACUUCUUGAGUCAGAGUCCGACAAAACAGAGGGACGCCGCCGAGAUUAAAUGGUCGCACGCAGUCAACAGCAGGAGAAGGCUGACAGAGGCUCUCGCAGGUCCCACUCAUAUGAUUGAGGCUGACAUAAUCAUGAGAAGUCAUGACCCCAAAGAGCCAAUCAUGGCACAUCCCCCCGACACAGACAGUGACAUCACACUGAAGGAGUGGCUGGAGGGAGUGAAGGCGCACGACAAGGGAAUAAAACUAGACUUUAAGAGCCUGGAGGCAGUGUCUCCAUCUGUGGUUCUGCUGGAAGAAGUGCUGGCUGACCUGAGUCGUCCCCUGUGGAUCAAUGCAGAUAUCCUUUCUGGUCCUGGUGGACGGGCCAGACCUCUGGAGCCUCAGGCUUUUCUUUCUGCUGUGAGAACUCUUCCCACAGACACUGUGCUCUCCCUUGGCUGGACUACAGGAUGGACUGCUGGGGCAGAUAUCCCAGGUUACAGCUGGGAUAUGGUGCAUGUGAUGGAGGAGAUAUGUAAAACCCUUAAAAAUCCAGUCACCUUCCCAGUACGCGCAGCUCUCCUGGCCCAGUCGUUCUCCCAGCUCACAUGGCUGCUGCAGCAGUCAGACAGGUACACUCUAACUGUGUGGACCGGUCAGAAUGACACGUUUAUACCAGAGGACUUGCUGCCCUACAAAAAAGAGAUUGACAUUAGUAGGAUCUACUAUGACCUGCCGGACUUUUGAAGGACAGAGAUUAGUAUGACAUUGCAACACAUUGCAUCAUGUCCAGCACAAACACAUAUUGAGAAGGUGUCUGGCUGUGGUUUCUUAACUCUUAACAGAAGACUGAUGCAACCAGGUGGAGAGAGGAAAGUGAACCUGGGAGGUCAGGACCAGCAGUACUUUAAUGACCUUUCUGGUUGAAAAUCAGUUUCACCUCUGACCUCACCCAGCAUCACUAAUGGCGGUGGUUGGUCAUGGUCAGAAAUGUGCUCUGUUGCACCUGUAACCACACCAAGCGACAGGUGUACUCCAAGACCCGUUACAUCACUGCAGCAAGGAGGAAAGUUAAACCGCUGGAGGUCAGCAAAGACUGGAUUUUCAGGGGGUGUUAAGCUGCUCUUUAGAGUAUCAAAAGAAAAGUACUUAUUAUGCCUCCUAGUAUUUUAUUAUCAUAUGUUAUAUUAUUGGAUACUUAUUACUGAUGCUUUGAUGUGUAAGUAGUGCUUUAUUGUUGUAGCUGGUUGAGUUGGAACUCAUUUGAACUAUUUUAUACUUUUUGGUAGUUUUAUCUAUAAAAAUGCGCCACAUUUUAAGUUGAUAUGAAAUUGAUUUUUGUACAUAAAAUCUUAAUAUCCAAAGUAACUGGAAAUGAAAGGUGUAAAAUAGAUGUAAUUUGACUCAAAAUAUUUCUCUCAGAAAUGGAAUGACGUAUAAGUAUAAAGUAGUAUAUAGUGGUAAGAGAUUACAAGUACUUAGUUCAGUACCUGAGUAAAUGCACUUCAACACUUUAUAAUAUGAUUAUUUAAAAUUAUGGUCAAGUUUGAUUAAGUCACAAAAUACAACGGACGUGUCAGGGAAAAAUAAAGUUACUUUAGGAAUAUUUGUAAAACAUAGUGAUGUUUGAAGUUAGUAUGUGAAGUUGGCUGUAAAAUUGCUAAACCUACCAGAAAUGUUCUGAGACUCAACUUUGUUGAUUUGUUUGUUUAUUUGUCAGCAGAUUAUGCAAAAAGAACUGAACUGAUUAGCAACUAAUUUGGUGGAGGGAUGGGACUUGGGUCAGGGAAGAACCCAUUAUAUUUUUGUGCGGAUCAAGAUCCAGGGGUGGAUCUAGGAAUUUUUUAUCACUAAUUUGGCCUGGGUCCUGCUGAAUAAUAUAUCACAUAUCAUUCUGCAUUUAGGCCUGAUAUUUGUAUUCACACAGAAUUGGAAUUGCUCAAAUAAACCACUUAAUAA